UGUGUGUUUGUGUGUGUGUGUGAGAGAGAGAGAGAGAGCGAUGAGGAAGUAGGCUGGGCUUUCCUCACCUGUCUAGCAGGUGGAACAGGCUCAUUAGUUUGUUUGGAGAGGGAGAGGUGGGCAAGGAGAGAACAGCACAGCAGAUUCCACGGACACGGAGAGAAAAGCUUCUACCACUUAUCAGCGGAGAUAAAGGCAGUAGAGUGCGGUAGAAAGACAGAGAGAAAGAGCAGACAAUCAAAUCUUACAGCCAAAUCACUUCUAGACUCGAUAACUCAGGCCUCCGAGGGUAACCUCUUUCUCAACCUCUUUCUCUCUCCCUCAUUCUCUCAUCUCUCCUCUGUCAGGGCUGUGUGUUUUGAUGAUGAGGGCUGUUUCGGCUCUGGUUUUUUUCACGUGCUCCCUGUUGGUCUUCACUGCGUACAUGGCCAUUAAGCAGGAGCUGGUUGUCCGCACCUACCUGGCGCGCAUCAGCCGGGCCAAGGAGCAGGUGCAGGUGAAGGAAAACGAGAUAGUGUCCGUGAAGGUGAAGCUCCAGACGGUCAACAGUGAGAUUAGCUCCCUGAAGACAGGCGAAGACGACCUGAAGAAGCAAGUUGAGAAGACAAAGAAUACCAUGGCGGACGCUGAGAAAAUCCUGCAGAGCUGCUUGACGGAGAAGGAAACAAAGGAGAAGCAGAAGACAGAGGUGUCUGACCUCUUGAUCAAAAUAAAAGAGGCACAGGAGGCAGAGAGGAGUAAGGCCCAGGAAGAGGUUCAGAACCUGAAACAGCAGAUACUGGACAGAGAUAAGGCCGUCUGUGCCUUUGUGAACCUACAGCUUGAAGAGGGAAAGAGAUUGUGUGGAGUGUAGAUGUCACACUAAAAAGCCACCUGUUCAAUAUACCCAUAACCACACACACACACACACACACACACACACAUAUUGUGUUCAUAUUGUAUUUUUGGUCAGGAAAACAAAGAAAUACUUCAUAUAAGUUCAUCUCAUUCAAUACUUCAUCUCCUUUGUUUCAUUUUUCAUUAAACACAGUGGAGAAGUCACAGAUUAUGAAUAUUAAAGACUUGCUCUGCACUGAAGUAUUGUAGCUCACCAAGCACUGCUAGUUCAGAUAUGAGAGCUAUCUUUACAUGUGUCAAGAAAAAUGCAGCUGAACAUAAAGUGUUUUAAAUUUAAUAUAAUGUAAUAUUUCACUGACGAUAACACAUAGCAUAAACAUGAUAAAUGAAUAACUGUACAUUAUUAAUAAAUUAGUAACUGUAAUAACUACA